UGGAGCUGUGGAGGGUGGAGCUGUGGAGGGUGGUGCUGCUGGUCUGGCUGUGGACCUCUGCAGGAGGACAGGAGCCAGAGUCACCGUCAGUGUCCUGUGUCGUCAUGGAGACCUGUGUCCUGCCCUGCGGCUCUGAUGAGGGUGAGGUCAUACUGAUCCAAUGGGUCAAAACUGAAGAAGACCUCCUGGUUCAUGCUUUCCAGUACGGCACAGAUCAGCUGCAGGAGCAGGCUGAGACCUUUAGGGGGCGCACUUCCCUGUUUCCUGAGCAGAUCUCCAGAGGAAACGCCUCUCUGCAGCUGUCCCACGUGAAGGUGUCCGACCAGGGCUCAUACCUCUGUCAGACCUUCACCAGCAACUCUGGAGCAAAGACCUGGGUCCACCUGAGAGUGAAAGCAGAGGGCCCUGGGGGCCCUGGGGGCCCUGGGGGCCCUGUGAUCGGAGGCUCAGUGGGUGGGGCCCUCGUCCUUCUCCUCGUCGUCUUCUUCUUCUUCUUCUUCCUGUGGAAACGUCAAAAGGACAAAGAGCCCCAAAAUCGAUCUGCAGAAGAAGAAGAAAAUUUACUGGAGGACAGAGGAGGUCCUGCUGCUCUGGAGCUCCUGCUGCAGGAGACUUUUGGAGCUCUGUCUGAGGAAGAAUCUCUAAAGUUGAUGAGUUUCCUGGAGGACCAGAGUUUGAUGGGAGAGUUCUCCAUCCUUCACAGAAAUGAUGUGGAGAAAGACGACCUCGUGAAGAGCAUGGUUCAUGUUUACGGCGUCCACAGCAUCACUGUGACCCACAGGCUCCUGCAGAAGCUCCAGAGGAAAGAUCUACUGAAGAAACUGUCCCAACGGAAGUGUGAUCCUGAAGAGAUCAUCAGGAGGAGCUCAGAGGACAUGAAGUCCAGACUGAGACAGAGGUUUAAUUUCCUCACAGAGGACCUCAGAGGAACCACAGAGGAGAUGGAGUUUGAUGAAGGCUUCACAGAGCUCCUCAUCACUGUGGGAGACUCUGGACAGAACCACCAGGACCAUGAGGUCAUACAGAUGGAGACACUCUCCAGGAGACCAGCCAAUGAGACUGUCCAGUGUCAGGACAUGUUUAAAGCCCGCCCACAUUCACCAAAGCCAAUCAGAGUGGUGCUGAUGAAGGGCGUGACCGGUGUGGGGAAAACAGUGCUGACUCAGAAGUUGAGUCUGGACUGGGCUGAAGGCCACGCCCACCAGGACCUCCAGCUGCUGUUCCCGUUCACUUUCAGAGAGCUCAAUGUGCUCAGAGACACACAGUUCAGCCUGGUGGGACUGCUGCACCACUUCUUCAGUCCAUCCAAAGAUCUGUGCAGCUUCCAACAGCUCCAGGUGCUCUUCAUCUUUGACGGUCUGGACGAGUGCAGACCUCCUCUGGACUUCAGCAGAACCCGAGUCCUGACCGACCCCACAGAGUCCGCCUCAGUGCACGUGCUGCUGGUAAACCUCAUCAGGGGGAGUCUGCUUCCCUCCGCUCGCCUCUGGAUAACCACGCGCCCCGCCGCGGCCAAUCAGAUCCCUGCUGAGUGCGUCUCCAUGGUGACAGAGGUGCGAGGGUUCACCGACCCGCAGAAGGAGCAGUACUUCAGGAAGAGGUUCAGAAACAAGGCCAGAGACGUCAUCUCCCACAUCAAGAGCAUCCGCAGCCUCCACAUCAUGAGUCACAUCCCGAUCUUCUGCUGGAUCCUCUCCACAGUUCUACAGAAGCUUCUGGAACAAACAGAGGAACCAGAGCUGCCCCGGACUCUCACACAGAUGUACGUCCACUUCCUGGUGGUGCAGGCCAAAGUCCAGAACAUCAAGUAUCACCAGGGAUCAGGGGAGGACCUUCACUGGACUACAGAGACCAAGAAGAUGGUGUGGUCUCUGGGAAAACUGGCCUUUGAGCAGCUGCAGAAAGGAAACCUGAUCUUCUACGAGUGUGACCUGAGGGAGUGUGGGCUGGACGCUGCAGCGGCCUCAGUGUACUCUGGAGUGUUCACACAGGUCUUUAGAGAGGAGCCAGGCCUGUACCAGGACAAGGUCUACUGCUUCAUCCAUCUGAGUGUGCAGGAGUUUCUGGCUGCUCUUCACGUCCAUCAGAUCUUCAUGGAGUCUGGGGUCAACCUGCUGAAAGAGCAACUGUUGUCCACAUUAUCCCAAUUAGUUAAUCCCAAGGUUGAUCUUACCAAACUCCAUUGCUCUGCUGUGGACCAGGCCUUACAGAGUCCAAAUGGACACCUGGACCUGUUCCUGUGCUUCCUCCUGGGGCUGUCUCUGCCGACCAAUCAGAGGCUGCUGCAGGGUCUGCUGACUCACACAGGAAGUGCCUGGACCAAUCAGGAGACAGUAAAGUACAUCAAACAGAAGCUGAAUGAUGAGGGUCUGUCUGCAGAGAAAAAACUGAACCUGCUCCACUGUCUGAACGAGAUGAACGACCACAGUCUGGUGAAGGAGAUACAGCAGGACAUGAGAGUAGGACGCCUCGCUGGUAAAAACAUGUCUCCUGCUGCAUGGCCAGCUCUGUCCUUCCUCUUACUGUCCUCAGACUCAGACCUGGAGGAGUUUGACCUGAGGAAAUACCAGGCCUCAGAGAGAGCUCUCCUGGGUCUGCUGCCUGUGGUCAGAGCCUCCACCAAAGUCCUUGUCUCUGGUCGUCGUCUGUCUCCUCACAGCUGUGGUCCUCAGGCCUCAGUCCUCAGCUCCUCCAGUCCCACACACCUGGACCUCAGUCUCAACGACCUCCAGGACUCAGGAGAGGAGCCACCGUGUUCUGGACUGAAGAGCGCCCCCUGUUCACAGGAGACACCCAGGUUGGAUCCUCCUCGCGAGGUCUGGAUGCAGAGUAAAAAUGGUCUGUCUGCAGAGAAAAAACUGAACAAACACCACUCUCUGAACGAGAUGAAUGACCUCAGUCUGGGGAACGAGAAACAGGAGGACCUGAGAGGAGGACCUGAGGUGAAAGUCUCAAGCAAAGAAAUGUUGGAUCCUCCUGGAGAGGUCCAGAUGGUCUCAGAUCUGAGGAUGUACUCCUGUGAGUUCUCUCUGGACCCAAACUCAGCUCACAGACGUCUCCUUCUGUCUGAGGACAAACGAACUGUGACAUGUGUGAAGGUGGAGCAGAAGGGGGCGCUGUUACUGGGAGGUGAAGUGGAGCGGGGAGUGGGUUUUAUAGCAGUGAGUUAUGGAAGAAUCAAGCGGAGAGGAGACGAGUCUGUGUUUGGACACAACGAUCUGUCCUGGAGUCUGGAGAUCAACAGAGGAGAGUGUUUUACCCGCCACAACAAAGAGAGAACAAAGGUCUGUGAUUGGCUCAGCUCAUCAGGGGGCGUGUCCUCAGGCAGAGUGGGCGUGUUCCUGGACUCUGAGGCUGGAGCUCUGUCCUUCUAUCAGGUCUUCUCUGAUGGACGACUGUCCCACAUCUGGACCUUCUCCUCGUCCUUCUCUGAGCCUCUGUUUCCAGGGUUUAUCCUGUUCACUGAAGGUUCCUCUGUGUCUGUGGUGAACCUGAGCAGGACCUGA